AAUGGAUUCAUCAUCUUCCUUGUCUGCAAUGAGAGGCAGCUCCUCACUAAAACCAACGCCUUCAUUGUGUCGCUUGCCGUGGCGGAUUUCUUUGUUGGAGUGAGCGUCGUUCCUUCCUCUUUCAUUUGCAAUAUUACAGGAGGUUGUGGUUGGUCUGCAGCGGGUCCUAAAUUGACAAGAGUCAUCCGAUUUCUGUUUGGUUUCGCAUCUGCGUUAAACUUGUGCAGUUUAGUACUGGAUCGAUACAUUGCUGUUGUCAAACCUUUCAAAUAUCUAACUUUCAUGACCAGCUGUCGCGUCAUUCAAUUUAUUUUCUUCUCGUGGACAAUUCCCUUAGGAUUCGCAACCAUCCUGCCUUUUUUGGUUUUUCCAAUUUUGCGGUCUUAUACAAACUUGUUCCGGAUGAGCUUGGAGAUUUUUUCAUGUUGUGUCGUAACAUUCUGCACUUUCUCCAUGGUUCGUAUUACACUCAUACAUGAUCAAUCAUCAGCCAUCUUGGCAAAACAGUUACGUUUUAACCACAGUGGUUUGACAUUCAACACUCACGACAAAUCAGCGGUUAAAAUGAUGGCAAUUGUUGUAGCUUUGUUUCUUACUUGCUAUGGAAUUUAUCUACGCUGUGAUUUUGUAUUAUUAUUUUUUCCCCAAGCUUCGUGUAACGAUGUCAGAUAUAUUAUGCAUCAGUCAAUUCCCCCUGCGCCCCGCCCCCCCGGGCUAACCCCCGGGAAUUAGCCUUUUUUUUCUCAUGGAUGGCGAAUACCCGGGGGCGGGAGCACUUAAGCUGUCAAAUGCCCGGCGGUGGGGACGAAAGUAGAGGGCGAAUGCCCCGCCCCCGGGAUCGUUUUAACGCCAGUUUUCAUUUUCGCACGCUGCAAUAGAUCGCUUCUAACUUUAAAUUUUUUGGUUCAAAAACGAAAGCCAGUGGACUUCUCCUCCUGGGUAACUCCAUGCAAACGGCCAUGACUUUCUUAAUAUUCAUCGUUCAAAAGCCAACGGUAGUAAAAACCGAUAUACUAUCCGUAAAAAGGUCUUCCAAAUUGGUAUCUUUUAUAGUAAUGAUAAGAAACACUUGAAAAAAGAAUUUUUUACUUCUAAACGAGGAAGAACUAAUAUAAGUUUCAAUACCAAAGAAAACAACGGACUAUUCCUCCUGCAUAAUUCCAUGCAACCGACGGUCUCUUUCUUUAUAUCAUAUUCGUUUCAAAAACAACGAUAGUAAGAAGUAAUAUACCCCCUUAAAAAGGCCUUUCAAAUCUUUGACCUUUGUAUAAUAAAAACUUGAAAAACAUUUUGUCUUUACUUGUAAACAAGGAACAACUUCUAAUUUACCCGUCACCGCACGCCAAGAAAGCAACGGACUAGCCCUCCUGGAUUAUUUACAUGCAAACGGUCGCAAAUAAGUUCUACUUUAAUUACGGUCACCAAACGUAAAACGGGAGUCCUACGUUUUUUAAUAGUCAGAGAAAACAAACAUCAGCCUCCGUGAAAUCUUCCCUUUAAAAGACCGCAUACUGUGUACUUAGUGGUUCCCCAGCCUCUCUCUUGGUUAGUUAAUAGGGAGCAUAAGCAAAGACCUUUUUUGAGCGACUCACCUCAACCGGAAGUGGAAUUGUUGCAUUGUUGGUCAGUUGUUUUGCCCAAAAGUUUAGUGAGAUCGUCUCUAUCAGAGUUCAGCCACUCGGGCAAACAAUUUUGGUAGCGUAAAGGCAUAUAGAAGGGAAAAGAUAACACUUCCGGUUGACUUGCGUGGCAUUAAAACGGCUUUACUUAAGCUCACUUAUACUAUCCAUCUAUGUCUUUUUGUCUCUCCUUUGGCGAGAAACUCUGGCUUUUUCCGCGCCUUUUCUCCUGUUUUCCGCUACUUGAUGGAGAUGUUCAAGCCACAGCUUAACUUCUUCUGGAGUUAGAAGACAUUUCUUAGCCAGGUUUUGGAUAUCGUGAUCCGAAAAAUUUUCGUUCUUCUUGUUGUAGUCUUGAAGAAUCUGACUAGGAGGCUGGGAUCGUAUUGCUUUGCCUUGAGAAUAAAGAUUAAUGUAAGUUGUUAGAUCUGUAACGUAAUGUCCAGAACACUCGUCUCCACAGUUUUCGCAACCAGGUCCCUUUCUUGUUUCAUCGGCGACAGGGUAGGGAAACAGCGAGAAAGAGGGUCCGCCAGGAAACCAUUUUGUUGAAUAAAGCGAUUUUUAUUUAGUAUACCUAGCUUCUUGCAUUCGGGACACACAAAGGGUAUAGGUUUUCUUUUUCCAUGUCUUCUGCCAUUUCCUCAUUAAUUCCCACGCAACUGCCAUGGAACCAACUGCCACACUGAUCACAAGCAAUCAUAAACCUAGAUUUAAGGCGAAAGAUUUCAAUUUACUUAUCCUAAACUACUGGUCAUCAAAGUCUUAGUACUAUUCAGUAUAUCAACUAACCUUCCUUUCUCUUCAGGUCCAUUGCACAAACAGAAUACUCUGGCAGAGGCUGGGUCCGCACUAGACCCUUGUGUUUCACCUCUACUAGAUUGAGACGCUGUGAAAAAAAAAAAAAACUUAACUUAGCCCACUAGUGUUGAGUCUGGUGGUAAUCAACUGAUAAAUAUCAUGUGUAAAGCAUAAUAUAGCUUACAGAAAACCUGGCAAUUCUAUGAAAAAAUUUUCUUUUCACUGGAGUGAAAGACCCCUUACCUUUUAAGCACAGUGGAUGUGGGCACCCAUUCCUGCGACAGCACUUCAGCAUAAAGGCAUAAUUUGGCGGCAGGCUGUCGUCCAUAUGAUUUUCUCUAACUUGCCAGAUUUCAGUAAAGUAAUUAUACAAGGUGGGGUUCUUCUGUCUUAGAUCUUGUUUUUCUUUCUUACUUCCUUUAAGAAAUACAAGCAGCUGCUGUCUCCUUUUGAGAAACACGUGAUCCUCCACUCCUCGUGAGAGGUUGAUUUUUGUCUUCAUGCAAGGGGUACCGUCCACUCUUUCUAUAUACUGAUCAACAGCCGCAGACAUAUUAGCCUUUAAUUUUUCCUUAUCAAUCCCUCCGUUUUCACUGAAUGGAGAACCACAUAGCGUUGACGGAAUAAAUGUAUUGCUGUGGCCUUUACUAAGACAUCCGUUUUGCAACUCGACUCGAUUAAGAUAACUGUCACCACUGCAUCUAGUAGUAACCAAUGUGAUCUUUGUUGGUUUAACAACGUGCCGCUCCGUCCACAAAAAUUGCACUUCAUGAUGAACAGGCCCUUCGUCAGCCCCACCAUCCACUCUCACGCAUUCUAUUUCUUUAAAAAACAGCUCGUCAUUGAGAAAGACUGAUGUCGUGCAUUCGAGCCUCUCGACUUUCCCUAUGUCAGCAGCAUGCUGAGAAGGACUUUUUUCAUGCAAACCUGAUGCUUUGACUAUACCAACACAAACUUCAGCUGAGGUUGACGUUUUUGAGAAGUUGUAGCUUGUCACUUGAAGCUGCGCUGAAUACUUGUUCAUGAAGUCAGUCCGCGUGGUUGCAGUCGGUCUUACAGACAAUGUCGGAAGGCUCUUGUGUGUGUACGUGGAGUCUAAUCGGAAUCCUGCCUGAUCAUCUCGAUUGAGUAGCAUUAUAUGUUUCCCAUCUUUCUGCAGUUGAUCUAGGAGUUUGUACAUAGACCGGCUCCACUUAUAAUCAGGAUUGUACUUGAUUGAAAAACUCUUUCUAGCUCUCUGGUAUUUCACAUUUGCUGCUCCUUUGUAACGUUUACUUGAUUGCCGCCUUUUGUGUCUACAAACACAAAGCUGUACAACUGUCCCGUAGCUGAAUUGUCUACCAUAAUGCUCUUUUAGUUUUCCUUGAAUUUUGCUGAAUGUUACUCUUUUUGAUUUCUUCUGAUCGCCAGAAAAUGUGUAAACUCCUGUUCUUCGCCAACUGUCUGCUCCGACAUCACUUUCCUGUACAAACCUUUCAAUAACAUCGCCUAUAUCAGGGUAAGUGAUAAGUAUGCUCUUAGUAGAUUGUGACACUUUCUUUCUUAAGAACCUUUGCCCUUCAAUUUCCUUCUUCGCUCUUUUACGAAACUUUUCAUCGAUCUGUUUGAGUUUAAGGCGUAAUUGGUCCCUUGGUGCUUCAGAAAGCGCUUCUACAUUAUUAUACUCUUCGUCACUGGAAUUACUAGCUGAAUCUGUAAUUCUAGUCAUAUUGGCUUCUUUUUGCCACAAAUGUUCAAGGUGAGCAAUUCGAGAGUGUUCCGUCAAUCUUUGCUCCUCUUCUGUUAAUCCAAGGUUUGGUAAUUGUGAAGCAAAGUCCACUAAAAAUUGGUCAAAUACCGCCGACGUGUAACCUUGAGUUUUGAACUGCUCCUCCAACAACGACACAAGGGCAAACCAGUUAAACGAUACUUCUCUUAGCUUGUCUAACACCACAAUAGAGUUUACGUCAAUGACCGGCGCAUCCUUUCUGCUCGCAUCAUGGCUAGGCUCCCUCCAACAGCUUCUAUCAGUCGUUCCCUUUUGUUCAUUUCUCUGAUCACUUCUGUGAGCCUGUUCAAAUUCCUCUCUUAUCUCUUCACAAUCAUUCUCUAUAGCAUCUUUCACACGGGUUCGUACUUGCAAACCAUGCUCGCCGUUUCCUCGAUCUUGAUCUUUGUUUUGAGGCUCGUUCAAAUCAUUGCUGUACACUUCUCCGUCACUUUCACUUUCAAGACUCUCCAAGGAAACUUCUGAGUGGUCGUUAAUGUCAGAGUCAUCCGAAUCGGCAGAGUUAUCCGUCAGGAUAUCGUCUGGAUUAAAGCCGCGAGAAACCAAGUACGCCUUCUUUUCCUCUUUAGCUAAGAUCUUCGUCCUCUCUUUUAUCUCUUUCACCUUUUCUGAAGCAGCGUUAACCUUUUCUGAUCUUUUUUUGCGACGACAAAUUCCGUACAGUUUCCUUGCUGCUUUUUUAGACAGGUUGUGACUACUACAAAGUGUAUGUUUAAGAAUUUGUUUCUCAGAUUCACUCUGUGCGGCGUAGUUUAGAAGGGAAUCAAAAUCUCCGCGAGAGGUGUAGGUAGACUGUUCCUUAGGAGACUGAAUUAAAGCGAUCUCCCUUUUCGCCGAAUCGUACAUGGAGCCUUGUAUGUAUUCCUUUUCAACUAUGUAAACUCUGUUAUCAACCGUUAACGCUGCCAGAGGCAUUUUCAACAAUCUCCGUUGGGCCUUUUCGGAAUCAUAGGGAAUGCCAUUAAAGCAACUGUUCCACAGGACGGGCAAAGGAACCGCCUUACUCUUCAGUACCAGGUUCCCAGCUUUUACCAUUUGUUCACAUGCCAGACAGUCCUUAUGAUUUAGACGGCAUUUUGCCUCCUUGGCUAACACAUAUUCUGAAAGAGUUAAUCCUUGAAACAAACUUUCUCGUAUAUCUUCUGAAAUCUUUUGACUUUCUGCGUCAGAAAGUUUUCUCCUUUCUUGCGUUGUAAGAACGUGAACGAGGUUUUCUAAAUCUAAUUCCACCCCCAGAUCAAAUGCUUUCCGGGGGGCACAAUCUAUAAAAAAUAAUCAUCAACACCUUUGACACUGAGACUGGCAGAAUAACCCUGAGCUGCCUUUACUCCUGUAACGUCUAAGAUUUUUUCACUUGCUCUUUGUCUUUCCUUUGGUUCAUUCUUUCCUCCCGAAGCUUCCAUCUCUUCUUCACUUGAGUUUUUACCAUCCUUUUCUUCCUCUUCAACCAUAAUAGAUGACGCCGCCUUAUCUCCAGAGGCUUCUAUCCUUUCUUCAGUUGACUUUCGAUCAUCCUUUACUUCCUCUUCAACCAUCAUAGAUGACGCAGCCUUAUCGUCAGAAGCUUCGAUCGCAUCUUCCCUCGACUUUUGAUCAUCCUUUACUUCCUCUUCAACCCUCAUGAAUGACGCCUUCUUUUCACCGGAGACUUUAGCGAUUUCGUAACUAUUAGUCUCCUCAUUUGCAAUCUCACCUCCAACCUCGAUACAUUCACUAUCAAUGUUCUUGUCGCUGGGAUCUUUCAAGUUUAACCUUCUCUUCUUUGAAGCGGAUUUUCCACUGUCGUCACCACUGUCAUGAUUCUUAUCUCUAGUUCCCCUGACCUUAAGAAAGGACCUGAUGUCUACUUUACUCGCAGUGGCUGUUGAUGAUGAUGUUGCCGUUGUGGUGGCGGACGCGUUCGAUGAUGUUGCUUUUCGUGCCAUGUAAUUUAAAUGCUUUGCUUGUCUUCUUUGAAGGUCUGUCAACUUAUUUUGGGCUUUUUCUCUCUCAACCAAAAGGGCACGCAACUCUUUGUGCAACUUUCCACAUCUUUCGUAGUCGUGUAAAUCAUUUGCCUGAGCAAUCUCCUUUUGCUUAUUAGCACUUUGUGAAGUAAGCGACUGGAGUUCCAAAGAGACCAAGCUAAUAUCUUUGGUUCUGUCGUCGGUAGACUGCCUUGGUUGUUUGUUUGACUUGUCUACCGACUCAACAAAUUUAGACCUGGAGCCUGUUUUUUUUUUUAUAAACAAAGGAUUUCCGUGCUUCAGCUUCUGCUUUUGUUUUAAGUGAUGCUCUGUCGUACAUUUUGUUAGGUGACUUUGAAGCUAUUUUAAAGGCCGCAGCGUUAACAGCCUCCUGCCACUCAUUCAACUUUGCAUUUGUUUAAAUCUGCCAUAUAUUUUAGACUGCUCCUUGACAAUUUCAUCGCUUAAUGGUUUCUGGGAAGGUUUGCUUGAUAAACCGGGAACAGGAUAAUCUUUAACAUCAUCAAUGACAACAACAUGUUCUGUGCUGUCAUUCGUUACUGCAGUGUCCAAACUGUUGGAUAGUUCCUUAAAUUUCUGCUCAAAUUUUAGCAACAAGCCCUGUUUUGUGAUCAUUGCCUUCAAAGACUCCCUGUCUAGUAGGCGGAACGCGUCCCCAUCAAUUUCAUUUUCUACAAACAAAGAAAAGUGCUUUUAGAAAUGUAUGUACAUGAUAGCGAACAAAUAUGUUUUUAAAACAAAUACAAAAGACUGUUUUUUUCAUAUUUGGCAUGGUAAAUGCUGCUGUCCGGGAGAUUUUUAGCCUUGCCUGUCAGGAUGCGAAGGAAAUCUCGGAGAUCCGGGAAUAUAACAAUGAGUUGUUUGCGUUGACUAAGUAACUGGUAGCAAAUGCUGUGGGAUUUUCAAAGCAAAUUUUUCAAUAAUAGUAGUUCUAGCUGAGAAAUGAAGCAUGUUUUGAGGCCCAAUUCACGUUUUCUGAACGCUUUCAAAGUAUUCGAAGCUCGCAAAAAUCUAGAAUGAGUUGGCAGCCGUAGCAAACCAAUGAUAAAAAAAAAAACAUUCAUCUAGCAAAAGAACACUAAAUUUGUGGCCUUAUGUGAAAUACGCAAAUGUUUUCUAACACGGACGUUUUUAAUUAUACAUGUUAUAAUUCUUGAUUUUAUUCUAAAUCUUUAAUAUUACCAAAAACCUGCAUUUUAUUAAAAUAUUAUUGAUAUAAAAUGAAUCUAAUGCGGCCGGUUGCGAAACGCGACAAUAUUCAUGCACGCUCAAAGCUCCCCGAUCUUGCUAUAUUAGAGUUCGAGAUUUUAAUAAUUUUAAAAAUGACGAAAAUCUAUCGUAUGAUUACCAAAAAAUUUAUUUAAUAGAAAGAAAGUUAAAACCUUGAACUCCCGCUGAAAAAAAGGCGACCUUUCUAUAUUCCUUCGCACAGUUCUCCUAUUUUAUAACAACAGUUCGACACAGAAUUAAAAAAAACUAUUACACUUAAAUCAUAGCAAAUGUUGUGGGAUUUUCACAGCAAAUUAUUUUAUAACAGUUGUUCUAGCAAAGAAAUGAAGCGUGUUUUGAGGCCCAAUUCACGUUUUCUGAAAUUCGAAGGUCGCAAAAUGAGUUGAAUGAGUUGGCAGCAGUGACGGCAGCAGUCGCAAACCGAUGAAAAAAAACCAUUCAGGCACCAAAACACCUCUAAAAUUGUGGCCUGAUGUGAAAUGCGUAAAUAUUUUCUAACACUGACGUUUUUAAUUAUACAUGUUUAAUAUAGCCCUUGAUUUCAAAUUUGCAAGCCUUUAAUAUUUCCAAAAGCCGGCAUUUUAUUAUUAAAAUACCAUAUACUAAUGAAUCAAAUGCGGCCUGUUGCGAAAAACGCCACAAUUCAUUCACGCUCUCGCUAUUUGCUUUGAAAUUAUGGCUUUUUAGAUUACAGUACAUAUUGAAAUUAAGAAAACAUACCUUUAAAAACGUCGACAAGUUUUUCUAGCCCUUGCUGGACAAGCCAAUCCGCCACAAACUGCUGAUCUUUACCUCGGAAAUUCUCCAUGUCGACCACGUUUUAAAGUUAACCACGUGCGUGUCAAAAGCCCGGGGGUGCCCCCGAGGUUGGCCAAUGCCCGGUCCCCGGGUCGCGCUAAAUUAGCUAAAGCCCCACCCCCGAGACUGACAAUGCUGGCAAAUGCCCCGCGGUUGCCCGGGGGGACUGGGCGCAGGUGGAAUUGACUGAUGCAUUAAAAUACCAAUAUUCGUUUCAAACUCUGCCGUUAACCCUUUUACCUAUGCUUUCUUCAAAAAGGACAUAAAAAAGGAGAUUAAAAAACUAGUGUGUAGAACAACUUUUAAAAAUGAUAACAGGAUAGAACCCAUUGAUAGAGGCAAUUCAUGUAGUAAUGUAUGAAAUGUACUUUGCUGGACAUUUUUUGAGCCGAUGUGCAUGAUAAACUCAGUUGUUGAGUUAAGAAACUCGAUUUGUAUUACGCCUUUAAAAUACGUGGCUUAUUACUGGACGGAAACAAUGCUCAGGGUCUUAAAAUAUAAAGCAGAAGGUAUUGACGUUGCCCUACAUUGACCUACAAACCGCUCACUGUACUGUCGCAAUUUGUAAUAAAUUCAUCGCACUUUGUUAUACCUGUCGCAAUUUGUAAUAAACCGUGGCGCACUUUGUAAUAAAAAAGCUGUCGCAAUUUGUAAUAACUGUCCAUCGCACUUUGUAAUAAACUAAGCUGUCACAAUUUGUAAUAAUUCCCUCGCACUUUGUAAUAAUGUUUUGAGAGUGAUUCAACUUACUUCGUCAACAUUAAUAUAGCUUAAUAUACUGCCAAAAUAUGAAUGGUACUUCAUAAACAAAGCUGAUGACGUCCCAAUCUGCAAGCACGUAAAUUAAAAAAUUACUUUUAUAAUUUAUAUCUGCCUUCAUUCAAACCAUUUAACUUAUUCACGGUCCUAACCAUUUAUUAUUUUUUUAAAUUAAGGUUGAUUAGUUAUCUGACGUACGAAAUUCUGUAUUCUUUAACCUUGCUAUUGUAUUAGAUGGUUUUGCAUGCAAUGGUUAAUUACCUGGGGGGCGUACUCCCUUGUAUGGCCAAUACAGGGAUGUGCCGCUGGACAGAGCGUUGUCAGAGUACAGAAUCUAUACACACUAGAUACAAACGAGCCAUUAUUAAAAGACAUUUAAUUUCCACAAAAUCGUAACAUCCAUCCUUACAUCAUUUAAAUAAAGACACCUGUAAAGCUUUCCUUUUUAGAUCUUAUAACAGGUCGACACAACAUCAACCUUGUCUAACGCGCAAUCUUAAAAGAAAUAUAGUGGCUUCUAUAUUUUGGCCAACUUAAUAAGACGGGGCCUGUAAAAAUUCAAGAGAAGAAAUGAAUGUCACUUUAGUACUGCAAAUAAACAAAAAUGUCACCAGAAGCAAACCGUCGAACCACAACAGAAACAUGAACACAAAAUCCAAUUAGUCGCUGGCCGAUAUCUUUGUAUGUACCUGUUUUUAUAGAACUCACUUGGGAUCAUACCCGGAGCCGGCUGGCCAUUUGGUCCAUUAUUCUCUCUUGAUUUGGUCCCAUUUAGGAGCAAAAGGAGUAUCAUUCCAUGGUAAACAAUUUUUUUCCAUGGAGCCCUCUAAAGCAAAUACCGUGGGGAUAAUAAAAAAUUCUCCUUCCCUGCGUACAACUCGUAAGAUCUUGAAAUUCUCCCGAGCCUGUUCAGGAUUAUUUUUUCCACAAAAUGGAAAGGAUAAUAAACCAAACCAUGCAUUACUACUUGAGUUACCCUGUCUAAGGAUCAAACCAAAGACACAAAGCCAACAAGGUAAAAAAUGAUACACUAUUUAAGGUUCGAGAUCCUCAGCGGUACUUACCUACCUAGCCCAUACAUGUGUAUAGUAUUAUCUCCCCCCCCAACCCCGAAGACUUCAAGUGUCGCGUGGCAAGCAAACUGGAUUAGGACGACGAAUGCCAGGUUAUUCAUGAAUUUUCUGUUGUUAAAUGUUGCUUUUGUUAUUUAAAUAUUUUUGAAUUCAAAUAUAUGAAAUGACUCAUUUCCUUUUUUUUUUGGUGACAUGUCAGGAAGUUUCAUGUCUUUCAUAAAAGCGAUUCUCGUUAGUCACGUGAUUAAUUAAGGCAGAAAAAUUUAUGUCGGAAGACAUGGAUGUUUGACCAAAGAAAAUAAUUUAAGUUUAUUACAAAGUGAGAUGGAAUUAUUAUAAAUUGCGACAGCUUAGUUUAUUACAAAGUGCGAUGGACAGUUAUUACAAAUUGCGACAGCUUUUUUAUUACAAAGUGCGACACGGUUUAUUGCAAGUUGCAAUAGGUAUUAUAAAGUGCCGGAUGGAACUAUUACAAAUUGCGACAGGUGUUACAAAGUGCGAUGAUUAUUACAAAUUGCGACAGUACACUCACACCUUCGCAUACAUGGCCAGGUAGAACAUGGCGGUCCUUUCUCUGCGCAGAAACGUAGAAACAGCGUUCCUCAGUACACCCUUCCAAGGGUUUUUUUUUCACAACUUUUGGCAUGUAACUGAUGAGUUAGAGAAAAUCCGUCAGCACCACUGGAAAGAGGGCUUAAAUAUUAGUAAACUUGCGUAUUUGGAAAGUGAUACGUCAAAAGCUUGCAAAGAUAAUUAGCUCAGUAAAGUUGCAAAAAUUUACAGUUGAAGUUUGUAUGCUGUGGGAACAAGAUUGUGUUCCCCCCCCCUUCAACAUACAAAAGUCAUUACAAUUUCGCGACUUUGAGAAACUAUAUCUUCGUUAGUUUUCAACAAGUCACAUUCAAAUUUGGAAAUUGUAUUAAUUUAAAGGUGCUCAUUUCAGAGGAGUCGACGGAUUUUUCGUAAUUUGUCACAUGACAAAAGUUGAGAAAACUGUGGCAAGGUCUGUUGGUACUGACAGUUAUAGUCACUAAAACAUUGAAACUCAACUCAAGUGCGAUUUUUGUUUUUUUCUCUUUUUUUUUCCUUCGACGUUUGUGACUAGUCAUCGCGUGCAUCAAAUAACUUUCUGAGUGUUCCGCGUCGAUCCUUGUAAGUAAUUUUCCUUUCGUCAUUUUUGUAUAGUAUCAACUUUUUAUCCUUUCAUAAUCGGUCCAAUCAAGAGCUAUCAUGGUGGCUCUUGGUCCGAUUGCAAUAUUUUUCCAGAAUAUAGUUUGUGUCCUGUUGCACUAAAAUACUGAUUCUGUCUCACCUUCUUGGUAAUUAGUGCAUAUAAACAAACUCGAUCAACAGUAACCUAGGCCAAUCGGCCAACAGUUCAGUGCAUUUCAAUUUCGGCAACCACCGAAGUUUGUCACCCGAUCCAUACUCAAGACAUUGAAACAAGCAGCUUCAGUGAGGCGAUCAAGCGUUAAUAUUGUGUCUUGUUGGGCAAUGCAUUUGCGCUGCUGUUUUAUCUGUCUUUUCCACCUAACACCGAAAUUGAAUGAUUCUGAUUCAUGAUAAUGAAAUAUAUAGAUUUAGCUAAGGCCAAAAAUGAAGCUCACAUAGGAUCUUGUAAGAACUGCCUUUUUCAAGUAGUUCACUUUUUGCCGUAUUCAAGAAGCAAGCUGAAUUCCUCCUGAAAAAAAAUGGUUGAACUGGCGACCAUUUAAUUUCAAUAACUGGUAAGCGGAUAACUUAAAAAAAAAAGUCACCUUGCCCCGACACAAUCAUGUGACACCGGUCAGCGGAUACCUUUUUUAACAGCCUUCAAUUAACCAUAACAUGGACGUCCACUAUCAACAGAAUGUAUAUGCCUUAGACACCUGGCUAGUAAGUGUGACAGUUAAAACCCGCUAACAUGAGGGGACGUACGGACGAUUUUGUCACUACCAAAAUUUCUUGAAUGCAUAGAUAACCAAAUAACCAUGAUGCUCCGCUGCGGGUGCUUCGUGGGCGCGAGAGGUCUUCCAUUAAAUUUCUCCCUUUAAUUUCCUUGGGCUUAAUGCUUUCUUGAAGAGCGACAUGAAAGUGCCUAUAAACUUUUAUCUGACCCCAGUUGUUUAAAAGAUGUGGAUAACGAUAUCCAGUGGAUAAAUCUCUAUCCAGGGGAUAGCUCAAUUGGUUUUCCUAUUACUUAUCCGCUGGGUAGUGAUUUAUGCGAUGGAUAGCGCUAUCCAACGUUUGAAAACUACAUGGGCCCUGGUAGAUAGCGCUAUGGCCAUCUUUUGAACAACCGCGACAUGUUUAGAAGUAGCACGAAUUUCAUUUUCCAUGAUUACGAAGUCCAUUAAUGAACGAACUUUUCGUUUUUUUGUUUGUUUGUUUGUUUGUUUGUUUUUUUGCUUUUUUCUUUCGAUCUUCAAGUCUCCCGGCAUUAGUCAUCAGAAUUAACAAUAGUUGAAUCAUGACAGAAUGAGACAGAGUGGCUUGUUGCGUUUGAUGAUCGGAGCUUCAAGUCUCCACGAAUUUGCCUUUCGUUGAGUUAACUGACGACAAGUUCAUUUAAAAGUAAAGUAGAACGAAGCUGAAAACGACCCAGCUAAUUGUUCUAAAUGAUUUUUGCGUUUCGUCACUUUACUGGCCCCAAUUGCCCCUAAAUCCCAUCUAAUGGUGACACAAGCCAAAAAGGGACGGGAAUUUCCACGCUUUGCAUAAAAGUUUAAUAUUUACUGUUGACAUUCAACAAAGUUUUUAUCGCUCAAUUAAUAUCAGUUAUUGAUUUCACAACAGGUGAAUCAAGAAAAAAUAAAACAGAGCGCCUUAUUUGCAUUUAAUAACAGGAUCCUGAAGACUCCAGAAAAUUGUUUUUCGUUGAGUUAAGCGGAGUUUCUUUUAAAUAGACCCUUCUAACUGGUCUAUUAUUAAAUAAAUGCUUUUGCUGUCCUACAGUCAACUUAGCAAUGUAUCAUAAAUUGACAUAUAUAUAAAAUGGCAUAUAUUAUCAGCUGUAUUAUAUAUGUUCUAAAGAUAAGGCGCAAAUCCUACCAGAUGUUUAUAAGAUAUCACUACCUUUCUUUCCGAUCGAGGACCUUAACGUGAGCGUAUAAAGCUUCCAGCUAAAGUUAUGUUCCACGAUCACAACAUGGUAACUUGAAUUUGGAUUUUUGGAUGAAGAAUCGCCGUUUACCGAUUUAUUGAUCGCAGUUACUAUUAGUCGCAACUCCUGCCUUUAACCAGAAAUAGCAGAAACUGUGUUUUUUUCCAUCAGCUCCAAGCUGGACGUAAGCUGAAGUUGUUCUGUUUCAAUGGAAACUUGGUUCACGAUUCUUGGUUGGACACUAUCCAUUGCGGCGGCGGCUGGAAACGGUUCCAUUAUCUUUCUUGUUUGCAAAAAACGACGGCUCCUCACUAAAACCAACGCUUUUAUCAUUUCCCUUGCAGUAGCGGAUCUCGGUGUAGGGGCUAGCGUUUUCCCUUUAGAGUUUUUCUCCGAAAUCGUCAAAACUAGCCACAAUUCGUCUUCAAACUGUAACAACAUUCGAAGGCUAAUACGAUGGCUGUUCGGCUACGCAUCUGUGACAAGCUUGUGCAGUUUAGUUCUGGAUCGUUACGUGGCGAUUGUUAAGCCUUUAAAGUAUCUAAAUUUUAUGCGCCGAGGUCGUGUUAUCCAAAUGAUUUUUGUUUCCUGGGCAAUCCCCGUGGGAUUUGACAUAACCUUAAUUCUCUUACCUGCUCCAGUUAAGUGCAAUUUUGUUAACAUAUUUGCAAUGUUUUGGGAGAUUUUUUCAUGCUGCUUUCUAAUAUUCUGCUUUUCCUCUAUGAUACUUGUCGUAUAUAAACAUGAUAGAUCGUCAGCCAUCUUAGCAAAACAGUUACGCUUCAACCACAGAGGUUUGACAGUCAGCAGUCAGGAUAGAUCAGCAGUAACAAUGAUGGCGAUUGUAAUCGUCGUGUUUCUCGUCUGCUAUGGAAUAUAUUUGCGCUGCAGUUUAGUACCACUUCUUUAUCAUUCCCGUUGUAAUGAUAAAGUAUAUAAAAUACCCAUGUUAGUCCUGAAUUCUGCCAUCAACCCUUGGGUCUAUGCAUUCUUCAAGAGGGACAUAAAGAAGGAAAUGAUUAAGAAAUUGAUUUGCAGAAAAACUAACAAGAAACUGCAAAAUCAAUAA